AUGGCGACGGCAAAGAUCGCAACGCUGGCCAUCCGUACGCUCGCCAAGCCUAUUGCAACGCAGCUCAAGAGCCAAGCCGCACAGCAUGAGAGGUUUAGAAAGUUCUGCAUCGCGCUUGCCCAACGGAUGCACCGCACAGAGAUGGCGCUCAGGACGAAUCUCCUUCCAAAAGGGGUCCAACAGAAAGUACGACCACUAAACGAUGCCAAAGCGAUAGCGAACGGUGCCAAUGCGAUAUCGGAAGGCUUCCUUUUCUUCGUGGCAGCAACCCUCAUCCUCGGCGAGACAUAUCGAGGCUCUCGUAAGAAGGCGGAACAGCGCGAUCGCACCGAAGACUCGCUCAAUCAGCUCAAGGACCAAGUCGAAAGGAUGGCCACGGUACUCGGCAUUGAUCUGGAACAGCUCGAGCGUAUAUCAGAGCGGCAAUUGGACGGAGAUGACUCGCAAGCAAGCGUAUCUGGAAGCAGCAGUAGGAAUGGCGGAAACAGUGCAGGCGUGGUAACCGAGGAAGCAGAUCCAUCCUUGGUCAAGGCGCGGCUCCGAGUGUUCCGUGACAAGCAGGAUGAGAAUAUCAAGUCAAAGCAGUUACAAGCAGCGGUCUCCGUGCUGCUCAACCUUUCCCUCCAGAAUCGAUGGGUUGCGGGGCCAGAGGCGUUGGAACUGGAGGGCAUCCUGGGCGGCUCUCGAUCGAACCCAUCUCACACACCAACACAGCCCUCGCAGAUAUCGCAAGGAGAAGCGAAUAGGACGCCAGAUGUUUCAGUCAACAGCAGCUUUCAGGUGCCGAUAGCGACAUCGGAAGACCCAUCAACACCGACCCUUCAACCUUCCAUCAUACAACAGGUGGCCCUGGAGAGGGCAAAAGCAUUAGCCCGCGAGGCUAGAGGCGAGACGGAUCCAAAUAUACAAUCUGCCGAUGCGUCAUUAGCCAACCUUCUAGCUCAGCAUAGACAGACGACUUCAACCUGA